AGACCUGUUUUGACAACGGAAAAUACUACCACAUAAACCAGCAGUGGGAGCGCAUUUACCUGGGAAACACGCUAGUCUGUACCUGCUACGGUGGAAGCAGAGGGUUUAACUGCGAAAGCAAGCCUGAACCUGAAGAGACUUGCUUUGACAAAUACACUGGAUCCACUUACCGAGUAGGGGAGACAUACGAGCGCCCCAAGGACUCCAUGAUCUGGGACUGUACUUGCAUUGGAGCUGGUCGAGGGAGAAUCAGCUGCACCAUUGCCAAUCGCUGCCAUGAGGGUGGCCAGUCCUACAAGAUUGGCGAUACCUGGCGCCGGCCUCACGAGACUGGCGGCUACAUGCUGGAGUGCGUGUGCCUCGGCAACGGGAAGGGCGAGUGGACCUGCAAGCCUGUGGCUGAGCGAUGCUACGACAACACAGCCGGGACGUCCUACGUGGUCGGUGAGACCUGGGAGAAGCCCUACCAGGGCUGGAUGAUGGUGGACUGCACCUGCCUGGGGGAGGGCAGCGGCCGCAUCACCUGCACCUCCAGAAAUCGGUGCAAUGACCAUGACACCAAGACUUCCUACAGAAUUGGAGACACCUGGAGCAAGAAGGAUAACCGUGGAAAUUUGCUUCAGUGCAUCUGUACUGGUAAUGGCAGAGGUGAAUGGAAAUGCGAAAGACACACAUCCCUGCAUACAACUAGCACUGGAUCUGGCUCUCCUAGCUUCACAAAUGUGCAGACUGCGUUGUACCAGCCCCAGCCUCAACAGCCGCAGCCUCAGCCCUAUGGCCAGUGCAUAACUGAUAACGGAGUGGUGUACUCUGUGGGUAUGCAGUGGCUCAAGACUCAGGGCAGCCAGCAAAUGCUUUGUACCUGCCUGGGUAAUGGAGUCAGCUGCCAGGAAAUAGCUGUGACCCAAACGUAUGGUGGCAAUUCUGAUGGAGAAGCCUGUGUUCUGCCUUUCACCUAUGAUGGAAGGACUUUCUAUUCCUGCACCACCGAAGGCCGCACAGAUGGGCACCUCUGGUGCAGCACCACUUCCAACUUUGAGCAGGACAGGAGAUACUCCUUCUGUACUGAGCAGAAUGUUUUGGUCCAGACACGUGGCGGCAAUUCCAAUGGUGCUCUGUGCCACUUCCCUUUCCUGUACAACAAUCGCAACUACACUGAUUGUACUUCUGAGGGACGGAGAGACAACAUGAAGUGGUGUGGAACCACUGAGAACUAUGACGCUGACCAGAAAUUUGGUUUCUGCCCUAUGGCUGCCCAUGAAGAAAUCUGCACAACCAAUGAUGGUGUCAUGUACCGUGUUGGGGACCAGUGGGAUAAACAACAUGACAUGGGCCAUAUGAUGAGAUGUACUUGUGUAGGAAAUGGCCGUGGAGAAUGGACUUGCAUUGCCUAUUCCCAGCUCAGAGACCAGUGCAUUGUGGAUGGUAUCACCUAUGAUGUGAACCAGACCUUCCACAAGCGUCACGAUGAGGGGCACAUGCUGAACUGCACAUGCUUUGGCCAGGGCCGGGGGAGAUGGAAAUGCGAUCCUGUUGAUCAGUGCCAGGAUUCAGAAACCCGUACCUUUUACCAAAUCGGAGAUUCAUGGGAGAAAUACGUCCAUGGUGUCAGAUACCAGUGCUAUUGCUAUGGUCGUGGUAUUGGAGAAUGGCAUUGCCAGCCUCUGCAGACCUAUCCUGGGUCAACUGGACCUGUUCAGGUGAUCAUCACAGAGAGUACAAAUCAGCCAAACUCACACCCCAUCCAGUGGAAUGCUCCUGAACGAUCUCACAUCACCAAGUACAUCUUGCGCUGGAGACCGAAAAACUCUGGAAGGCAGUGGAAGGAAGCCACCAUCCCUGGCUACCAGAACUCUUAUACCAUCUCAGGCUUGAAGCCUGGUGUGAUAUAUGAAGGACAGCUCAUCAGUGUUCAGCGGUAUGGCCACAAAGAAGUCACUCGCUUUGAUUUUACCACAACAAGCACCACAGCAGUGACAAGCAACACUGUUUCAGGAGAGACAACUCUUCUUCCUCCCGUGGUUGCUACUUCAGAGUCAGUCACUGAAAUCACAGCCAACAGCUUUGUUGUUUCCUGGGUUUCUGCUUCUGACACAGUUUCUGGAUUCCGCGUUGAGUAUGAGCUGAGCGAGGAGGGCGAUGAGCCACAGUAUCUUGAUCUUCCAAGCACAGCCACUUCUGUCAACAUCCCUGACUUGCUUCCUGGUCGCAAGUAUAUUGUUAAUGUCUAUCAGAUCUCUGAAGAAGGAGAGCAGAAUCUGAUCCUGUCUACUUCACAGACUACAGCUCCUGAUGCACCUCCUGAUCACACCGUGGAAAGUGUAGAUGACACAUCAAUUGUCAUUAGCUGGAGCAGACCACAGGCUCCAAUCACAGGCUACAGAAUUAUCUACACACCCUCCGUGGAAGGCAGCAGCACAGAGCUCAACCUGCCUGACACUGCUACCUCUGUAACGCUCAGUGACUUGAUGCCAGGUGUUCAGUACAACAUCAGCAUCUACGCAGUGGAAGAAAAUCAGGAGAGUACUCCUGUCUUCAUCCAACAGGAAACCACAGGCGUCCCACGCACAGAUGAAGUUCCUUCACCUAAAGAUCUGCAGUUUGUGGAGGUUUCUGAUAUCAAGAUCACCAUCAUGUGGACGCCACCGCAGAGCCAAGUGUCUGGCUAUCGAGUGGAAGUGAUCCCUGUCAAUCGCCCUGGCCAACACGGUCAGAGACUGCCCAUCACCAGGAGCUCUUUUGCUGAAGUUGUUGACCUGCUCCCAGGAACAACCUAUCUCUUUAAGAUCUUUGCUGUGAGCCACGGCAGGGAGAGCAAACCUUUGACUGGAGAGCAAACCACCAAGCUCGAUGCCCCCACCAAACUGAGAUUUCUCAAUACCACGGAGCAUUCAGUGUUAGUGUUGUGGACGCGGCCCCGUGCUGUGAUCACAGGAUACCGGCUGACUGCAGGUCCCACAAGAGGAGGUCAGCCAAGGACCUACAAUGUGGGACCUUCUGCCACCAAGUACCUUCUCAGGAACUUGCAGCCUGGUACGGAGUAUACCGUGUACCUUGUGGCAGUUAAGGAUGACUUGCAAAGUGCCAGAGAGACUGGAGUCUUCACAACUUAUCAGCCUGCUGGCUCUGUUCCUCCUUUUAACACAGAAGUGACUGAGACUUCUAUUGUCAUCACCUGGACACCUGCCCCAAGGAUUGGUUUCAAGCUGGGUGUGCGCCCAAGCCAAGGUGGAGAGGCUCCCCGGGAGGUCAUCUCUGAUUCUGGCAGCAUCGUGAUAUCUGGCCUGACUCCUGGAGUGGAGUACACCUACAGCCUCACAGUCCUGAUGGACGGCCAGGAGAGAGAGACUCCGAUCAUCAGGAGAGUGACUACACCAUUGUCUCCACCAACCAACCUGCGCCUGGAGCCCAAUCCUGAUACUGGGAUCCUGGUAGUCUCUUGGGAUAGAAGCACAACUCCAGGCAUCAGUGGGUACCGAGUGACCACUGCUCCUACCAGUGGGCAGCAGGGCUCUACCUUGGAAGAAGUAGUAGGUGCAGAUCAGACCACCUGCACCUUUGAAAACCUGAACCCUGGUGUGGAGUACAAUGUCAGCGUUUACUCAGUCAAGGACGACCAGGAGAGUAUCCCCAUCUCUGAAACCAUCACACAAGAGGUGCCCCAACUCACUGACCUAAGCUUUGUUGAUAUAACUGAUUCAAGCAUCGGCCUGAGGUGGACCCCGUUAAAUGCCUCCACCAUUAUUGGCUACCGCAUCACAGUAGUUGCAGCAGGAGAAAGUGUCCCUAUUUUUGAAGAUUUUGUGGACUCCUCAGUAGGAUACUACACAGUCACAGGCUUGGAGCCGGGCAUUGAUUACGACAUCAGUGUAAUCACACUCAUUAAUGGCGGAGAGAGCGCCCCUACCACUCUGACACAGCAAACGGCUGUGCCUCCUCCCACUGAUCUCCGUUUUACUAAUGUGGGGCCUGAUACUAUGAGAGUGACUUGGACCGCACCAACUUCCAUUGUGCUGAGCAGUUUCUUGGUGCGCUACUCACCUGUGAAGAAGGAGGAAGAUGUUGCAGAGCUGACAAUUUCACCCUCAGACAACAUGGUGAUCUUAACAAAUCUGCUCCCUGGUACUGAAUAUCUGGUGAGAGUCUACAGUGUUUCUGAGCAACAUGAAAGUGCACCUUUGUCUGGAAUCCAGAAAACAGGUCUCGACUCCCCCACUGGCCUUGACUUCUCGGAUAUAACUGCUAACUCUUUCACCGUCCACUGGAUGGCUCCUCGUGCCACCAUUAUGGGCUACAAAAUCAGGCAUCACCCAGAGCAUGGUGCUGGCAGGCCCAAGGAGGACCGCGUGCCCCCCUCACGCAACUCCAUCACCCUUACCAACCUGCUUCCAGGGACCGAGUACGUGGUCAGCAUCAUUGCCAUCAAUGGCAGGGAGGAGAGCGUGCCCUUGGUUGGCCAACAAACAACGGUGUCUGAUGUUCCAAGGGACCUGGAAGUCACCCCCACCAGCCCAACCAGCCUUGUGAUUUCCUGGGAUGCUCCUGCAGUGACAGUCAGAUACUACCGGAUCACUUAUGGUGAAACAGGUGGAAGCAGCCCUGUGCAGGAGUUUACAGUGCCUGGCACCAUGUCCACCGCUACCAUCACUGGCCUCAAACCUGGCGUAGACUACACCAUCACUGUGUAUGCUGUAACCGGGCGUGGAGACAGCCCUGCCAGUAGCAAGCCAGUCACUGUCACCUACAAAACAGAAAUAGACACACCAUCCCAGAUGCAAGUUACCGAUGUCCAGGACAACAGUAUCAGCAUCAGAUGGCUCCCUUCAACAUCGCCAGUCACAGGGUAUCGAGUGACAGCUGUCCCCAAGAAAGGACAUGGGCCCACAAAAACUAAAAAUGUCCCUGCAG